GCCUUGUGGUAGCAGUAGAUUUGCCCGAGAGCAUUUUCUAACAAGACAAGAAAAACAGCAGAAUAGAAAUAUAAUGCAUACUGUUAUCCCUCGCAUCAAGGAAAAAGACAGAGAAACCUACGCUAUUGCGUGUUAGAACAUAGAAGAAUAUCCAAAAUUCAACAUUCACUCCGCCCGAAUAUUCUAAUACCCGAACUCAAUAAAAACCGGUGUUUCAUUUCCUUCAAUCCUCUCCACUCCACCUACUCGAUCACUAACAAUCAACAAACAUCAUUUUGCUUAGUGAUUAACAGAUUGUUAGCAUUAACAUGAAGUUUGAGAAGAUCCUGAAGAGGCUGAUUGAGCAGACGCUGCCUGAUUGGCGCGACAAAUUCUUGUGCUACAAAAUCUUGAAGAAACAAUUGAACGUUAUGUGUCCCGAAGAUGGCCAAGCUCCACCCCAAUUGGAUGCCAACGAACUCAACCACUUCCUUACUCUCUUGCAGCUCGAGAUUGACAAGUUCAACAAUUUCUUUAUAGACAAGGAAGAAGAAUAUGUCAUCAAAUGGAGGGAGUUGCAAGACAGAGUUGUAGAAGCUGUGAAUUCAAAUGUAGACCUGAUGUCAUUGGGGACGGAAACAGUAGAUUUUCAUGGGGAGAUGGUUUUGUUAGAGAACUACAGUGCUCUCAACUACACAGGUUUACUGAAGAUAAUAAAAAAACACGAUAAGAAAACUGGUGCUCUACUUCGCUCACCUUUUAUCCAAGCUGUGGUGAAGCAGCCCUUCUAUGAAAUUGAUGCGCUUAACAAGCUUGUAAAGGAGUCUGAGGUGAUACUAAGCAUUCUUUUCAACAAUGGCCCGAGCACAUCAAUAAGCCAGGAUUUUAUGCAAAAUGGUUUUGGCUCCAUGAGUGAUAAAGAAAAUAAAGAGACUGUAAUGCAGGUUCCCGAAGAACUAUCUGAAAUAAAAAAUAUGAAGAACAUGUAUAUGGAACUAACUCUAACAGCACUGCAUACCUUGGAGCAAAUCAGGGGUAGAAGCUCAACUCUAAGCAUGUUCCCAUCUUCUCCACACAACUAGGAUUUGCAAUUGCAAGAGGAUUGAAAGAAAAAAAAAAUUGCACUAGAGAGAGCAACCUAGUAGAUACUGAGAAUAACAUGGAUCUUCUCGUGUUUUUAUAUGGUUAAUAUUAUAGAGACUAAUGCAAGCAUCCAAAUAGUUACUCGGAAUAUAUCACACAUGAUGGUUGUUGACUCUCAGUCUCAUGUUUCCUUGUUGCCCUUUUCUGUGUUGAGAUCCUACUUAAUAAAUUUGAGUGGAGAAACUCAUUUUACUUAGUAUAUAUAGUCAUUAUAGUUCAGGGCUAUCUAAUAAUUUCUAAGUAGGUGGGUGUGGCUCGAUUCUUUCCCCUUAUCUGUUUUGUAAUGUACAAAAUGGUUUGGUGUUAUGAACUGGUCAACUAUUUUGGUCUAACUUUAGCCCUCAAGAUGGUAGCCACUAUGAAUGUGUUAACAAUCUCUCCCACUUGUACAUUUUCAUAUGAAAUUGUAAGUUAGAAAGAGGUUGGAAAGGAAA